AAAAGUAGCAAAGGACGAUAGAAAAGAGUCGAAUUUAGAUUAAAUGUUUUGAAAAAGAAGGUUCCCCUGCAAAGAAGAAAGCGGGAGCGCAGAAGAAGUGAAUAAAAAGAGGGUAGGUGAAGAGCAAGUCACAGUGGAAAAGAGUCGGUGACAAACGUCUAGCUCUGAACAAAGGAUCGACAAACAACUAGUACUGGAGAACCGGCGUCGAGUAAACGGAAGAGUUUCCUGGCCGUGAGGAUCCAUGUCCAGUGUCAUAAUAUGGCUGGGGCGCUGUCAGAGAGUGCCCCUAGACCCGUAAGCGUCGUCCGAGUGGACGGUGCGGAGUCGAGCGAUCUUGAACAGACGAAGGGGGCACAAGAGUCACCCGCGGUUGAGUCAUCGGUGCAGCUGCAGAUUACGGGGGAAUCGAAUACUCAUACCAACCCAAUAAGCGUUAAUGGUCAGCAGUCGGAUUGUCAGGUUCGGUCAUUCGCCUCGACCGAGGCCCAGACCGAUGUCGCACCACAGCUGCUGCAACCUCCGAGCGCACCCUUCAGCAGUCACGCGGAACUGCUUUCCGAGGAGCUCCGUGACGCUAGAAGACGGGAGCGCCGUAUGCGCCGACACCAUCGACGCGCCAUUCAGAGAGUGAAUGGGGCCGCAGCCGCUGCAGCUGCGGCUGCGGUUGUCAACGGCGCCUGCGCCAGCUUGCCUCCGACGUAUCCUAGCCUCAUGGGAACGGCCAGCGGUGGGAUCGCAGGUCCAUCCUGUGGUGGGGGUACGGCAACGACACCGCAGAACGGUGCCAGCAACGGAUUGCCGCUUGUGGGCCCCGGAGGCCCCGUAGGCGGUUUCCUUCAUCCUCCACCGCCCCACCUGGGCUUGAGGGGCCUCAGCCUUGGACUACCGUUCCCCGUACCGGCCAGCGUCACCGCCUUCGGCAGGGGCGUGGUGCCAAAACAAUGCUGUGGUUUGGGUUCACCACCAGUGCGCUGGUCCAUCCUGGGAGUUGGCGUUGUAGGACUUGUUUGCGCCGGCGCCGGAGCUCUACUCGGAGCCCUCCGAGCAACCGGACGAGAUCACAUUGCUGUUGCUCUUCUUAUGAUCGGAAUUGGUGUAGUGUUGGUAACAGUUAGUGCAGUCGCCUGGCGGGUUACCAGUCGAGAAAAUUGUGGGGGUUUCUUCGGCCUGACAGGAAUCUCGGGCAGGAUUCCACCCGCGAGACCAAUGCAUCCUUACGCUGCAAUGAUUUAUCCCGAGUUCCAGUUCAGGACUCCACCACCGAGUUAUCAGGCAAGCAUGCAGGAGUAUAGGCUAAGAUUGUUGCUGCUGGAUCGGCUGCAGCCGACCUCGUCACCGCCACCAACCUAUAGGUCGAAUACCGGUAGUUGCGUGGCCACGGGCAGAGUAAGCAACGGGGCACCGACAACGACUGCCGGGGCCCUCCAGGUCACUGGCCCUAGAGAGAAUCAGCCGCCGAAUUACUGCGGUCACCGGGUCACCAAUACUAGCCAAGCCCACCAGAGCUGUUCACUCGUCGUACCCUCGAAAAAAGAUGCAAACUUAGUUCGCAUCGUCCAGACGGAAAGCGAGCCGGUAAUCCUUAGCGGGGAUCAGACGCCGCCUGUUACUGCCGUCGAGGUCCUCGCCCAUCUUUAGUCAUGAUCCAUUCACAUGUC